UGUGUGUGUGUGUGUGUGUGUGUGUGUGUGUGCUCUGCGCUGGCUCGCGCUCGCUGUCGGGUCGAGCGUCUCUCCUCCUUAAAAUCGCAGAAACACAGAAGGAGAGAGCGCAGGAGGAGCUCCAGCCCUUCACUCCGGGGGGGUUGAUUUAUUUAUUUAUUUAUUAAUUCAUCUGUGCAGCACGUCAUCAGAGAAUAGAAUUAAUAGAAAUAAACAGAAAUUGCGCGAGCUGCAGUUUCACACUGAUCUCGAUUCGGCGCGCGAGACUCUGAGAUUUUCUUCUUUAACACAAAAGCGGAGGAGAAAAAAAAAAGAAACAGCGUUCUGAGAUGUCGGACGCCCUGACACAGCAGGAGAGACUACAGGCCAUCGCUGAGAAGAGGAAGAAGCAGGCGGAAAUAGAGAAUAAGAGGAGACAGCUGGAGGAUGAACGCAGACAACUACAACACCUAAAGUCGAAGGCUCUGAGGGAGCGGUGGUUGUUGGACGGAGCGCCCUCCAGUGGAGAAAACGAGUUUCAGAGACAGCUGCAGGAAGACGAGGCUAAAACCAGGGGACUGGAGCAGAGCGUUCUCAGGUUGGAGCAGGAGAUCGAGGAGCUCGAGACCGGAGUUCCUGCGUCUAAAUCCACCGCCGAUAAACAAGACGUUAUAAACAUGCCUGAUGGCCCCGGAAAAGUGGAGAACGGCGUCCCUAAAACCAGGCAGGUGACGGGCAUCGAGGCGAAGCUGGAAUGCACAAGUUUAGACGCGAAGGCCAUCGAGAACGCGAGCGCGGACCACCCGGUCACCAUGGUGUUCAUGGGCUACAAAAACGUGGAGGACGAGGACGAGACGAAGAAAGUGCUGGGCAUCGAGGAUGCGGUGAAGGCCGAGUUCGUCGUCAUUGAGGACAGCGAGAACAAAGCAGCGACGGAGGAUGGAAAGAAUGAAGAGAAAGCUCCCCUGAACGGCGCCCCCUCCAGUCCAGACGACAAGAAACAGGACGAGGCCGCAAACGGAGAUGAAGCGAAACAGGACGAGGUCAAGAAAGAAAAGCAGCCGUGCAAGUGCUGCACAGUCAUGUGAGCACGGGGGCCAAAACUUUUACUCAAAAUAAAUACUAAACAUUACAAAAAAAAAAAAAUUACAAAAUCCAGAGAGGAACUGCUGACACUGCAGUAAUUAAUGUAAAUGUCAUAAAAAUUUACAAUGUGUACGAAAAACAUAUCAUUAAUGUUAUCACUAUUAUAAUUAUAAAUUGCACAAUACUAGCAAUAACGAUAUCACUAAUGACAUCACUGCUGACAUCAUCGCUAAAGAUAUCAUUAAUGACGUUACCGUUAGCGUUGAUAAUGAUAUCAUUAAUGAUAUCAUUGUUAGCAUUGUUGAUAGUGCUGACUCAAAUAACAUUGCUGCUAGCAUUGAUAAUAAUAUUACUGCAAACUACGCUAACUCACGUCUUUUAUACGGAUAACGUAAAAGUGCAGUUACCAUGGAAAUGAGGCGGAUCCGUCAGGAACAUCAACAUUUACCUCAGAUCUGUUGAUAAAUUGUUACGAAAAGACUCAGAAUGGCUAAAGUUACAAUCUAAUCACACGUAGCAUCAGUGUGACAGCAUUUAUUAUCAAUGUGAUAAUGAUAACAACAUUAAAUUAUUAUUAUUAUAAAGAUAAUAACAUUAUUAAUCUCCGCUGCUAGCAUUACUGACAUCACUGUUACUGCCAAAAGCCCACUUUACUGCCAAUUAUGCUAAAAAAUAAGGUAGCUAUCUAUUAUAUGGACAUUGUAAAGGUGCAGUAACCAUGGAAACUAGACAGAACCAUCAAGAACAUCAGCAUUUACCUCAGAUGUGUUGGGAAAAUGCUAAGAAAAGGAUUCUGUAUGACUAAAAUUACGCUUAAUUACACUUAGCGUCAACCGGUAAUUCAUUUAAAAUGGUACAGUCAUUAUAGACGAACGUGAAGUCAGAAAAAUUAUGAAUACCGCAAAAGUGGGCUGUUAGAAAAAAAACAACACUAACGUUAUUGUUAAUACUAAUGUUAUUAUCGCUAGCAUUUAUGUAACAACGUUCUUUAUUAACGUGAUAAUGAUGUAAUAUUAAUGAUAACCCUGUUAGCAGUGCUAGCAAUAACAACAACAUUGAAAUCUCUCUUAACAUUGUAAAUCUCACCCUUAUCUUUAUGAUUAGGGAUUUAGUAUUUACCAAAAGACAUCCAUUUUACUGCAAAUGAUGCUAACAAUUUAGCUAGCUAGCACAUAGCUCUUGUCUCUUAUAAUGAUCGUGUAAAGAUGACAAUAUUAACAUAACAUUAAUAACAUCACUGCUAGUUUUAUUAAUGAUAACAUUCCUGACGUCACUGUUACCUUUAUUAACGAUAACAUUCAUGACGUCACUGUUAAUUUUUAUUAAUGAUAACAUUAAUGACAUCAUUACUUUUAUUAAUGAUAAGAUUAAUGACAUCACUGUUAUUAAUGACAGCUAUAACAUUAAUGACAUCACCGUUACUUUUAUUAAUGAUAACAUUCAUGACGUCACUGUUGCUUUUAUUAAUGAUAACAUUCAUGACGUCACUGUUAAUUUUUAUUAAUGAUAACAUUCAUGACAUCGUUACUUUUAUUAACGAUAACAUUCAUGACAUCACUGUUGCUUUCAUUAAUGAUAACAUUAAUGACAUCACUGUUAAUUUUUAUAAAUGAUCACAUUCAUGACAUCACCGUUGCUUUUAUUAAUGAUAACAUUCAUGACGUCACUGUUAAUUUUUAUAAAUGAUAACAUUCAUGACAUCACUGUUGCUUUUAUUAAUGAUAACAUUCAUGAUGUCACUGUUGCUUUUAUUAAUGAUAACAUUCAUGACAUCGUUACUUUUAUUAAUGAUAACAUUCAUGAUGUCACUGUUGCUUUCAUUAAUGAUAACAUUCAUGACAUCACUGUUAAUUUUUAUAAAUGAUCACAUUCAUGACAUCACUGUUAAUUUUUAUAAAUGAUCACAUUCAUGACAUCACCGUUGCUUUUAUUAAUGAUAACAUUCAUGACGUCACUGUUAAUUUUUAUAAAUGAUCACAUUCAUGACAUCACCGUUGCUUUUAUUAAUGAUAACAUUCAUGACGUCACUGUUAAUUUUUAUAAAUGAUCACAUUCAUGACAUCACCGUUGCUUUUAUUAAUGAUAACAUUCAUGACGUCACUGUUAAUUUUUAUAAAUGAUCACAUUCAUGACAUCACUGUUGCUUUUAUUAAUGAUAACAUUCAUGAUGUCACUGUUGCUUUCAUUAAUGAUAACAUUCAUGACAUCACUGUUAAUUUUUAUAAAUGAUCACAUUCAUGACAUCACCGUUGCUUUUAUUAAUGAUAACAUUCAUGACGUCACUGUUAAUUUUUAUAAAUGAUCACAUUCAUGACAUCACCGUUGCUUUUAUUAAUGAUAACAUUCAUGACAUCGUUACUUUUAUUAAUGAUAACAUUCAUGAUGUCACUGUUGCUUUCAUUAAUGAUAACAUUAAUGACAUCGUUACUUUUAUUAAUGAUAACAUUCAUGAUGUCACCGUUGCUUUUAUUAAUGAUAACAUUAAUGACAUCACUGUUAAUUUUUAUAAAUGAUCACAUUCAUGACAUCGCUGUUGCUUUUAGUAACGAUAACAUUCCUGACGUCACUGUUACCUUUAUUAAUGAUAACAUUCAUGACGUCAUUACUUUUAUUAAUGAUAACAUUAAUGACAUCACUGUUGCUUUUAUUAACGAUAACAUUCAUGACGUCACUGUUUAUUUUUAUAAAUGAUAACAUUCCUGACGUCACUGUUACCUUUAUUAAUGAUAACAUUAAUGACAUCACCGUUGCUUUUAUUAACGAUAACAUUCAUGACGUCAUUAUGUUUAUUAACGAUAACAUUCAUGAUGUCACUGUUAUUAAUGACAGCGAUAACAUUAAUGACGUCACUGUUAGCAUUGCGAUUUUUACACUAUAUUUUAUUACUGCAGUGUGGCUGCACUUCCUCUGUGUGUUUGUAUUUAUAUGUAUGUAUUUGUAUGUUGUUCAGUUUGUACUUCUUUUUUAUUUCUAUUGAUAUUUUUCUAUAUUUCUGUCUUGACAUUUCUAUAUAUAUUAUAAAUAUAAACUUAUAUUUUCAUUAUGUAAUCUUAUGUAAGUGCUUGUGGAGGGACAGAAGGGCGGAGUUUGGUGUCUUUUCACUUAUUUUAUUUUAUUUUUAAACAAAAAUAUGAAGGACAUCUCGCUAUGAAUCACUAUCUCUCUCACUUAGUGUUUCUAAUCUAAAGUUUCCUUAUCCAUAAGAUCAGAAUAUUAUAUUACAGAGUUAUUAUGCUUUUAUAAUGUGUGUAAUGUGUGUUUUAUUUCGUGUUUGAUCAUCUCAGAUCACUGUGAGGAUGUAGUACACACACACACACACACACACACACUCUCACACACACUUCAUGUUAGGAAAAGAUGUGUUUAAAGUGUGUAAAUAAAUGUGACGUAUUGUUUAUGGUUGUGUAUGACACACACAUGAAAUAAAAGGCCACUAAAAAUUC